AUGAUGAGUAACGCUCGUUUUCGUCAAGCCAUUUCGUCUACUAACAACGCUAUGCAGGCAAUGGUUGACGAUCAAAACAAAGUACUGGAUGAGUUGCGUAAAGAAAUUGCACUCAACACUAUGAAAAUAAACACAAUUCUCCAGCGAACUCCCAUGCCCACUACUCCUCGAAUUCCGAUAACGACAAACUCACGCAAACGGCCACGAUUAAUAAUUCCGGACGAAUCGUCACAGCAGCGCGAUAAUGCCACAGAAGGCACAAGAGAUAUCCAGCCUGAUGAUGCUAUCCCACUGGCUGCGGCUAAAAAGGAGAAGUUGUUUUGGUUGUAUUUAUCCGGGUUUGAUCCUCAAGCAACGGUAAAUCAGAUCGAAAAACUUGUACGAAACAAUCUCAACACAGAGAAAACAGUGGACGUGGUUAAGCUGGUUCCAAAAGGCAAAACACUGGAGGAACUCACUUUUACAGAAGCCGAUGUGCUAGAGCAAACUGCUGUCCGCAUUGCGAUGAAGGAUGGUAACAUUUUCAUUUGCGCUGUGUUUCUACCUCCAAAUUCUGAUCCCGUGCUGUACGAACGACAUGCAGCGUGCACUCAACAAUUGUCUCUGCUAGCAAAAGAUCGGGAUAAAACAAUUGUGUUAGGUGAUUACAAUCUUCCACACUUGCGAUGGGAUUAUGACGAUGAAAUGAAUUGCUUUCUGCCGAUGAUUGCGUCUGCCGAGUCCGAAUUGGAUAAACUAGAGUCGUCUUGGGAAGAAUUUAAUGAGGUUCAGGAAGACAUAGCGGAACUAGAUACCAAGGAUGAAUUGGAGGAGGAGACCAAUAAGGCAUACGCCGACUUCGAGGAACAGUAUUAUGAGUUUCGCGCUGAAUUAUUGCGUAAAUUACCAGUUACUUCACCAGCAAACUUAGACACUACUGUUGCGCGGAAUAGUAGUCUUUCGGGCUUAAACGCAGGGGUUCGUCUACCGCAGAUCUCGUUACCCGAAUUUGACGGGGAUUAUAAAGGAUGGCUUUCUUUCAAGUCGACGUUUGUGUCGCUGAUACAUGAGUCCACCGAGCUCAAUGAUGUACAAAAGUUUCAUUAUCUAAAAUCGGCUUUGCGAGGGGAGGCAGCCACGCUGGUUGAGUCUCUAACUAUCUCCAGCGGAAACUAUUUAAUAGCUUGGGACACUAUCACCAAACGCUAUUCUAAUGAAUAUUUACUAAAGAAGCGACAUCUCCAGGCGCUGAUGGAAUUCCCGAGAAUAGAAAAGGAGUCGGCCGGGCUAAUUCAUAAAUUAGUUGAUGAGUUUGAUCAGCGGCUAAAGAUUUUGAAACAGCUGGGAGAAAAGACCGAGCAUUGGUGCGCGAUGAUAAUUCACUGGAUGUGCUCGAAAUUGGAUAAGCAUACACUACAGUUAUGGGAGGAUCACGCUGCAUCGUUACGGGAUCCCACGUUUACAGUAUUGGUGGACUUUCUGGAAAAGAGGACGAGGGUUUUAGAAGCUGUUUUAUCAAAUUCUAAUUAUCAUGGUACGGUUCAACAAAAGGCGACAUUUAGACGUGAGCGAAUUGCCAUGCACGCGUCUGCGGAAGGAGGAAAUAAUGAAUCCACUUGUCUAUGCUGCGGCAAUAUGCACUAUUUGGUACGGUGCGCGAAGUUCCAGAAUUUUGGGCUGAAGGAGAAGCUGGACUUCGUCAACAGCAACCGGUUAUGCAGCAAUUGUUUAAAAACGGGUCACUGGGUACGUGACUGUAACUCCAAAUACAGUUGUAAAACAUGUGACAGGAAGCAUAACAAUUUGAUACACCCGGGGUUUCAACCAGGUAAGGGAGGAAAUGGCAGCAGCAAAAGUUUGGACGUCAAUAGAUCCACCAUUGGUCUAGGAAAGAGCAAUGACACAGCUAGAGCGCACGUGGUGGCGGAAGCAGAAGAAGAUCAACAAAAUGAAGAGGCAGAGGAAGUCCCAGCUGGACUGUACAACAUCGUGAUAGUAGCGAUAAAAGAUCAGCAUGGUGGUAUGCAACUAGCUCGCGCGUUGCUAGACAAUGGCUCGCAGGUCAAUGUAAUGAGCGAGCGACUUUGUCAAAUGUUGAAGCUCAAACGUCGUUCGAUAUGCGUUCCAAUAAUAGGAGUGGGACAGUCGGAAUCAAUGGCUAGGUAUGCAGUUAAAACAACAAUUAGGUCGAGAAUUAAUGAUUUCUCUAUUGGAUUGGAUUUUUUGGUUUUACAACGUGUAACAUCUGACCUUCCUUCGGUAACGGUGCCAGUGUCCCAUUGGAAUAUUCCUGAAAAUAUUCAACUGGCAGAUCCGCAGUUCAAUAUUAGCGGCCGCAUCGAUCCGCUGCUCGGGGCGGAACAUUUCUUUAACUUUUUGUAUGAAAAAGAAACGAAACGAAUAAUUUUGGGUCCACAAUUACCAAUAAUCGUGGAUUCGGUAUUUGGCUGGAUUGUAACUGGUCGAGAUGAAAGCCUGCAACAAGGAAAAACGGUUCGUUGCUGUACGGCUACAACUAGUGAAAAAGUUGAAUACCUUUUGGAGAAAUUUUGGAGGGUAGAAAGCUGCGAGGAUCAACCUGCCUGGUCCAAGGAAGAACAAGACUGCAAGGCAAAUUUUAAGGCCACGCAUUCAAGAACACCCGAUGGUCGCUAUAUCAUUCAGUUGCCGAAACGCGUCAAUUGGGACCGGAUGCUAGGCGAGUCACACGCAGUGGCAUUGGAUAGGUACCGGAAAUUGGAAAAUCGAUUGGAACAUAAUCCGGAUAUGAAGCAACAAUAUCAUGCUUUCAUGCAAGAAUAUUUGGAUAUGGGGCACAUGCAACAAGUAACACAAGCAGAACUGCAAGCAGAGGUUAAUGGCAAUAAUCCUAAGAAAUUUUAUUAUUUACCGCAUCACGCGGUGAUGAAAGAACCGAGCACGACUACAAAGGUGCGGGUCGUGUUCGAUGCGUCGGCGCGUACGGACAGCGGGUACUCUCUCAACGAUGUUCUUUUGAAGGGACCCGUAAUUCAGGAUGACCUACUGAAUUUGCCUAUACGAUUCCGCAAGCAUGACGUGGCGCUUGUGGGAGACGUGGAAAAAAUGUACAGACAGGUGUUACAUGAUAAUUCGGACACUCUGCGUUUGCGGAUAUUUUUUCGUUUUUCGAAGGACAAUCCUAUAGGCAUCUACGAGUUACUUACAGUAACCUACGGACUCACACCAUCGUCUUUUCUAGCGACUCGUGCAUUACAGCAACUGGCUACCGAUGAAGGAACUAAUGUUACCCAGGCACAAUUGGCGUUGCAAAAUGACUUCUACGUUGACGAUUAUAUUGGUGGAGCUGCAAAUGUCGACGAAGCUAUCGAGCUGAGAAAAGGACCACACAAAGAGCCAGGAUUUGUGGAAUCAAGGAGCGGCCAUCAUCGUCAACCACGUGCUUUGAAAGCGGCCAUUCGGAUCGGACAGAAGCUGAGGUUCUGGAGCAGAAUUUUCCACGUGCUCGCAUUCCGAACUGAGGUUAAGUAG